AUGAAGAUUGAGGACGACACAACUCUUGAUGAAGAACACACAGUGGAACACGUCAACGCGAUUGGUCUGCGCUUCGCGGAACAACCCUUGAGCAUAACAUCCGAAUGUUCUCGCGUACUGGAACAACCAGUAGCCGCGAUCCAAAAGCAGUACUCUCACCUUCCCUGGUUUGCUGAGAUUGCGAACUUCCUAGCUGCUGAAAAGGAACCACUUAAGUUCACUGGAAACGAGAAGAGGAAAUUCUUAAGAGAGGCGAGGCAGUAUGUUUGGGAUGAACCGUACUUGUACAAACAUUGCAAGGAUGGCAUAUUCAGAAGGUGUGUUCCAGAGGCAGAUAUUCCAGGGAUUCUACAUCAUUGCCAUGUUUCCUCCUAUCAGGGCACUUCGCCACAUUCAAAAUGGUUUCCAAAAUCCUCCAAGCAGAAUUACAUUUUAGAAGUUGAAGUGUUCGACUGCUGGGGAGUCGACUUCAUGGGACCAUUCCCUCCGUUCUUCAAGAAUGAGUACAUCCUGGUCGCCGUUGACUAUGUCUCCAACUGGGUAGAAGCAGUGGCGAGUCCCACUAAUGAUGCAAAAGUGGUGACUAAGAUGUUCAGCUCCAUCAUCUUUCCGAGAUUUGGGGUGCCUAGAGUGGUCAUUAGCAAUGGCGGAACACACUUCAUCAACAAGCCGCUUAAGCUGGACGAUGCUCUCUGGACCUACAGAACAGCCUACAAGACGCCGCUAAGGACCACCCCCUAUCACCUGGUCUACGGUAAGGCUUGUCAUCUUCCUGUCGAAUACAAGGCUGCAUGGGCGAAGUUACUGAAUUUCGACAUCAAGCCAGCAACUGAGAGGCGUAUAAUCCAAAUCCAUGAGCUGGAAAAGAUAAGGCACCACGCCUAUGAGAGUUCCAAAAUUUAUAAGGAGAAGAUCAAAGCCUACCAUGACAAGCGAAUCAUUGCCAGACGUUUCGAACCAAACGAUAAGGUCUUGCUCUUCAACUCCAGACUUUGGCUGUUCCCAGGCAAGCUGAAAUCUAGAUGGUCCGGACCCUUCACCAUUAAGGAAGUCCGCCCUUACGGAGCUGUUGAGUUGCUGGACAGAAAGGGAGACGAGUUCGUUGUCAAUGGUCAGCGCAUCAAGCAUUACCUUGCUGACUCCACUAUCGCAGAGGGUGAAGAAAUUCCCCUAAGCGAUCCCCCAUCAGCCUGA